AUGGGGGAUAAGGCGAAUAGGUGUGCGCUCAAUAUGGAGAUAUACGGGGUGGCAGAGAUCGUGGCGUACAGUUGCAUUUACUCCCGGGACAUGUAUCUCGCGAGAUGGAAGCACUAUCCGAACAUCGCCGAUUUCACCUGGGAACCGAGAGGCAAUUUUCGCCAGAACUUGAAAGCUACCCUUGUGGAACAGAUGCGGGAGACGAAGAAGAAGUGUUCGGUCCUCGAUCCGGGUCAGCAUCGGUUGAAGCUCUCCAGCGUAUCCUCGUGGCAAACCACAGAGGAUGGAUGA